AAGAAGAAAGGCAACGCAACUACUGCGGUACGUUAUGAGUUGGCCUGCCUACUUACUAUAUCCUGGAACGACUUUUUUUUCUUGCUAUAUGUAAGACAUAGGCUACAUUGUAGCCAAUAUGUUCCUGUCUGUAAAGUGGCCGGUUUAGAUUGUUGUAGCAUAUAUUUUUGCAGUGAAACCAUAUUCAACUAAAUUUAAAGACGUUGGAUGUUUAUUUUAUUUUAUUGUUUGACUUUACAUAAGGCGUCUGAAAAAAAUGAAAGUGUAUUUCGUCGUGUGUGUGCUGAGCACGGUGGUAGUUUCUUGUUCGGGAGAAAAUAGUCGCUUCGAGAAGUCAUUCAACUAUUUCCCUGGAAUGAUGAAAGUCCUCCGGGAGACGCUCACGGAUUUGUCCGAGGAGGCGCACGGUUACCUGGUCCACCUUCUCGGGGCAAGGUCCGUUGAAAAUGCACAGAAGUGUUUCUUUCAGGUGGUCAAGUAUCUGGCUGAGGCAGCGGCCAGUGGAACGAAUGUGGUUAUGAAGUACCUCGCCCAGUUCCUGAUGGCAGCAGGAGUUGAUGUUGAAAUGCCUGUUAACAGUAUCACCCCAGAUGCUGUGGUCUAUAUCGGUCAGUGGCUUCUGCUGGCUCUCAUUGGCUACUGGCUGCUGUCCCUGGCCUUCCGAUUGGUGGCGUCCACUCUGAGGCGGGUCCUGUGGCUACUGAAGCUGGGUGUGGUUUUAGGACUGUUUUGCCUGAUCCUAAGUGACAGUAGUGCUGGAACGGAGACUACGGCGCUGCGAUUGGCCGGCCUGGUGAGCGUCUGCGUCCUAUUGGGUAUCGGGAAUUCUGGCACCGGGGGCGACAACACCUACCUGGAGGAUCAAGUGCGGGUGCUAGAGAGACGAGUGAGAGAAAUGGAGAGGAGGAAAGAGAAAUGAGGGGUGGAUGGAUGGGAACUGAAAGGCCUUGUUUUGUACAUUAACCUAGGUCUAGGAUCGUAACAAGGACGUUGUACAUAAAGUUUUGUAAAAAAAAAAAAAAAAAAUGGUAUCGUUUUGCAUAAUGAAGCACUUUGCCUUUUUCAUAAAGAUCUUAGUUAAUGUGUGUGAGAAACAGAAUUGACCGCAAAUAUGAUUAGCUUGUUUUAAAAGGAAACAGACGGACAGAGUAUUGUGUUUUCUUUUUAUUGAGGUGGACCCAUGCAUGUCCUACAAUAAAUGCUUUUGAUAUUCACAGAAUAGAAACACUAAA